ACCACAGGAGGAGGGCGGAUAAAAUAAAUGCUGUGGAAGGAGUGUCACAGAGAUCUCCCCCUCCCCUCGUUCGACCACUCCUGCGCACGCUGCCGACCUCAACGACCCGCUCACAGGCCCACGCUCCGCGGAUCGCCAAUCUCUUCUCACCUUACACAACGACCAUCCGCUUGCCCGCGCGUGCUUCGGCACUACGGCAUGCGAACCCGUCGCGUUCAGCGUUCAACACCACCAUCUUUCUCGCGCACAACGCGAUGCGCUGAUUGUGCAUGCUUGCCCCAUCCGCUGCCCGCUGCCUCGCCGGAUCGGCACUGCUCACGAGCACGCGGACGCAUGCAGGAAAUGGCGCCACGUCGUCGGCGACACCACAGGAGGAGGACGGGCGGGAGAUUCUGGGACGGGUGCCCCAGAUGAGUCGCCCGGUAUUGCGCGUCGCCCGAGGGCGCAUACACUUACCUUCCAGACGUUUCCCCCCCUCGUUCGACCACUCCAGCGCCAUCUGCCGACCUCGACGACCUUGCACUAGUCCAUGCGAGGCAUCGUGCGCCCGCGCUUCACGGAUCGCCCCUCCCUUCUCGCCUUACACGACGACCAGCUGCUCGCUCGCGCGUGCAAACCUGCCGCGUUCUUCGUUCGUCACACCGCCUACCUCGCAUCCUACGCGAUGAGCCGAUCGCGCAGGCCUGCCAUAACCGCCGCCUAUGCCCUCGUCCCAUCAGCACGGCCCACUAGCGCGCAGACGCAUGCAGGAGAUAGCGCCGCGUCGUCAGUAGCACCAUA